AUGUACCACGAUUCUAGACAUUCAUGUGUAGAAAUUACUCCUAUGAAGAUGUCCGCAGAGCGCUUACUCGCAUAUUCAAUAACACAUCGUUUUGUGUCGCGGUUGGGUCCGCUCCAAAUCGUCAAGUCAUUCGGGAAAGAUGAUUGGGCCAUUAUCGUUGCGCUGAUAUCCUUCGGUUUGGGAAAUCGUCUAGAAGUGCUGGAAGAGAACGUAACAAGCUACCGUAGACUACUUUUGGCUCGCCUCCUGCACCAGGUAUUCGUGGUGCUGGCAAUAGGCCUUGUGAAGAUAUCAAUCUGCAUGUUUCUUCUGCGUCUAGUCACGAAGAAACUGUACGUGUGGUUUCUCUGGGGCAUGGUUGCUUUUAUGUCUGCCUUCACGAUUGCCAGUGUGCUGACGAUAGUCCUCCAGUGUGAUUCCAUCUCCGCUGCAUGGGACUAUUCGUUGCGUUUACCUCCAAUGGAAGUAGGCCAUUCAAAGUGCUAUAGCCUCAAUACUUUCAAACAUAUUGGGCUCUUCAAUGGAGGUAUGCGUAUCAUGAAGCACACCCCUCCCAACCUCGUUGCUGAUGACACAGUGAUCCACAUCCUUACGGAUGUUCUCCUUGCACUUCUGCCAACACUUCUUAUUUGGAGACUCCACAUGGUGAGACGUGUUCGUCUCUCCCUGAUAGCAGUCCUUUCCAUAGGCAUUCUUGCAGCAAUAGCUGGUAUCAUCAGACAAGUCAGCGCGGGCCCACUUGAUGAAUACGAUGCUUACUCGAUCUGGAAUCUCGUUGAGCUGCAUCUUGGUAUUGUUGCAGCUUCACUGCCGGCUCUGAAGCGAAUAUUCAUCAAGGUUUUUGAAACUAUAGGCAGUGCAGCAAGCGCAGCGAGGACAGCAAAAUAUGAUGUCUCCAAUAGCAUCGUACUGCCGUCCUAUGGAAAUGCAACAGCUGUGAGAGGGGCAUGGAAGUUGGAAGACACCAGUCAAAUUGAUGUCUUGUGUGCACGGGACAACAUUCGUGUAACGAGGGAGGUGCAAGUUGACCAGGGAUGA